UGGUCGGGGAGGAGCAAAAGACGAACAAGAAUUCAUUACGCCUUAAGCCAGUAAUAUAUACGUACAAUCACAGAUCAAAUUACGUGCUCACCGCUUAGGUCGUCCUGCAGCAUGACCAUCAUUACACUAACCCGGUUCUCCAGAUUGUACGCAGGACACCGUUUGACGAGGAACUCGGCGUGCAAUAUACCAUGGGUUGGUGGGCACACGUUCCAAACAGCCGGUCAAAUUUCUGGCAUACGGUCUCCAUCAACAAAGUUAUUGAGCCGUCAUGUAUCUGGCACAGCAGGUACUUCAACACCACCGACGACCUGGGUCGACCGUCUUCCACCAAAAAUCCGACCUUACCUCUACUUGACAAGGAUAGAUAAGCCAAUUGGGACCCUAUUGCUAUUUUACCCUUGCGCAUGGUCCAUAACCAUGGCCGCAUAUGCCUUAGAGGCCCCAAUAACGACGCCUCUGACAUAUCUCGGCCUAUUUGGACUUGGAGCAAUUGUCAUGCGCGGCGCAGGUUGCACCAUCAACGACAUGUGGGAUAAAAAUUUAGACAAAGCCGUAGAGAGAACACAGAGUAGACCACUUGCGAGAGGUGACAUCAACCAAAGACAGGCGUUGGUGUUCUUAGCUGGACAGUUGACGGUGGGACUGGGAGUUUUGUUGCAGCUGAAUUGGUACAGCAUUUUUCUUGGAGCUUCAUCUCUGUCUUUGGUGACCACAUACCCGCUCAUGAAAAGAAUCACCUACUGGCCGCAAGCCGUACUAGGGCUCACUUUUAAUUGGGGGGCUUUGCUCGGCUGGUCUGCGGUUGCUGGGGCAGUCAACUGGAGUGUCUGUCUCCCUCUAUACGCAGGUGGAGUGUGCUGGACUCUUGUAUACGACAGCAUAUACGCACAUCAAGACAAAAAAGACGACAUAAACGUCGGUAUCCAUUCAACUGCCUUGCUUUUUGGAGAGCAGACGCGCCCCAUUCUUAGCGCCCUCUCAGCAUCAACCGUCUCUCUGAUUGGUCUCGCGGGUGUUCUCAACGCUCAUGGGGCGCCAUUCUAUCUCGGUCUCGGUCUCGGGGCCGCCCAGCUCGCACGGGUUCUGUGGAGAACAGACUUUGAGAGUCGUCCGAGUUGCUGGCAGGGAUUCGUAGGGUGUGGUUGGUCUGGAUUCUGGAUAUGGAUGGGAGCCCUGGGAGAUUAUGCAGUCCUGAUUUCAGGUCUUACAUGAUUGUCAUCAUGUAUACAUAUAAAUGUACCAAGUACGUGUUAUACUCGUCCUAGUCCAAUCGGCUUCCUCUCCGAUUCCUGAAGAACUUUGCUUUCGUUCGGGGCCUCUUCUCAAUCAUUGACUUUGACUUCCGUAUUGGCGGGCUGAGCCAAUCCAAGUGAUAACGCAGCGUGUUCUCGUCAAAGCUGCCAAGCUUUGUGCUGUCAUCUGGUUUGUAACAUGGGAGACCAGCACGGGGUGCAGCUGAGCCUAACUUUUCGCCAACUUUCUCCUGUU